AUGAUGCAUUUUAGAAAAAAGUCAAAUAUGAGUAAUGGUAGUGGUGGUGAAGGAGACGUGAAGAUUACCAAGGAGGAUCAGGAUAGAUUGAAGGUGAGAACCGCCUCUGUUGCCGAUCCUAUUCUAGAAGCUGUGCAUGAAGCGCAGCCUUUUGAACAAGCUGGUGGUUACGCUGACAACCUAAGACAGUCGUACUAUUCCCAAGAAGGUGACGUUCUACUAGAUGUGUUUGGCCAACCUAUUCACAACCCAGAUAUUUCUAAUCCAACAAGAGCAAGAGAUGAAAGACCUUUAGACACAAUAAGGAGUUUUGAAUAUGCUAUAUCGGGAGAUCCAACUUGGGGACAACAGUUGGAGACUCCACAAUAUGGGUUCAGAGUUAGACCUGAUUUCCCAUCAUUUGGUAAUGGUAACCCAUACGAUAACGAAGGUAGACCCAUCCAACAGCAAAGCAACCAAAUGUAUGGUGAACAAGGUGUUUAUCAAGCGCCACAACCAAGUGCUCUAGGAGAAGGCCAAACAAAGAAGAAGAAGAAGUUUGGUCUAUUCGGUAAGAAGAAGAAAUAG